AUGAAUCUAAAUAAAGUAUUUAGCAAUAGAAUCAUCAAGUUAUAUCCAUUUGCGACCAACAAUUCAUGUGUAAGACGAUCAUCUUCCAAAUCACUGAAAUUUGCGUCGAUUACAGAAGAAAACCAUUCCAUAGAAACAGCGCAAAAUAAAGUUAAGCAACAAGUAUCGCCACUUACUGACUCUUUCGGACGAUUUCAUUCCUACCUACGUAUAUCAUUGACUGAAAAAUGUAACUUACGAUGUCAAUACUGUAUGCCAGCUGAAGGAGUUCCACUUUCUCCAAAGUCUCACUUGCUGUCGACUGAUGAAAUAAUUUUAAUUUCUCGACUAUUCGUCAGUCAAGGUGUAAGGAAAAUAAGAUUAACUGGUGGGGAACCGACCAUACGUAAAGAUUUAGUUGACAUUAUUUCUCAACUGAAAGAAAUUCCAAAAUUGGAGAAUGUCAGCAUCACGACAAAUGCCUUAGUGCUGACUAGAAAUUUAGUAAGUUAUCAACGUGCUGGACUUGAUUCCUUAAACAUCUCUCUAGAUACGCUUCAGCCAAAGAAAUAUGAGCAAAUUACGAGGAGGAAGGGCUUUGAACGUGUCAUUGCUGGAAUUGACUUAGCUAUUCAGCUUGGCUAUAAGCCAAAAAUUAAUUGUGUAGCUAUGAAGAACUUUAAUGAUGAUGAAAUCUGUGAUUUUGUUGAAUGGACUAAAGAUCGUGAUGUUGAUAUUAGAUUUAUUGAGUACAUGCCAUUUUCUGGCAAUCGUUGGCAUACAGCGAAGCUCCUUCCAUACAAUGACAUGCUUAGUUCCAUUAAAGAAAAGUAUCCAAACUUAGAAACCCUUUCUAAUGGUCCAAACGACACAUCUAAAGCCUUUAAAGUGCCAAACUACAAAGGACAAGUUGGCUUCAUCACAUCCAUGACUGAACAUUUUUGCGGUACCUGUAAUCGACUGCGAAUAACAGCUGACGGUAAUUUAAAAGUUUGUCUUUUUGGAAAUAAAGAAAUUUCACUUCGCGAUGCAAUUCGUAAAGGUUGCUCGGAAGAUGAUCUUAUAGCUUUAAUUGGUGCCUCAGUUUUACGUAAAAAGAAGCAACAUGCUGACCAAAGAUUCCUCAAAACAUCCAGUAACUUAAAUAAACUACAAAUGAGAGCAUUCUCUACAAAAUUAACACAUGUCGAUGAGCAGGGAAAGGCAGCAAUGGUCAAUGUAAUCAACAAGUCACAUACGAAGAGAAAAGCAACAGCAUGUGGCCAUGUAAACAUCAGUAAAGAAAUAACAAGUCUUAUUAGAGGCAAUUUGAUGAAGAAAGGCGAUGUCUUAUCGAUUGCACAAAUUGCAGGAAUUAUGGGUGCUAAAAAUACACCAAAUCUAGUUCCUCUAACUCAUCACAUUCCACUUUCAUCAGUUAAAGUUGAUUUAAAGCUGAAUGAAGACGAAAAUCGAGUUGAAAUUUGUGCAACAAUUGAAUGCUUUUGGAAUACUGGAUGUGAGAUUGAAGCCUUAACUGCCGUGUCUAUUUCUGCCUUGACUGUUUAUGACAUGUGUAAAGCUGUAUCGCAUGAUAUAUCAAUAACUAAUAUACGAUUAAUGGAAAAGUCAGGAGGAAAGAGUGACUUUAAACGUCCAAAUUGUUAA